AUGAUGUCUGACGUGUGCCCGUCUCCUGUCCCGCAGUGUCCCUCAUCUCAAGACGCGUCUCCUCCCCGCCGGGUACUGGUGUCCGUAAUUAAGGCGGUAUCUCCGUCCUCCGCCCACACUCCCCUCAAGCCCCGCCGCCCGCCCUUCUCCGCCGGGACCCCGGGAGCUCCUCAGCUUAGCCCCGUCCCGACCAGCCCCGGCUUCAGCGACUUCAUGGUGUAUCCGUGGCGCUGGGGGGAGAACGCGCACAACGUCACCCUGAGUCCCGGACCGCCCGCCCGCCACCAACCGCCCGCUGCCGAGCCAGGCCAUGGCGCCCGCAAUACCGUCCAUGAUGUGCUCCGGACCGGGGCCGCGGGGAGCGCCAGCAGCGCGGGAGAGGAAGCCGCUAUGAGGGAUGGGAUAAGACGUGGGCGUCCCAGGGCUGAAACGGUUCGAGACUUAAUAAAUGAGGGAGAGCACUCGUCCAGCAGAAUUCGGUGCAAUAUUUGCAACAGAGUGUUUCCACGUGAGAAGUCUUUACAGGCUCACAAAAGGACUCAUACAGGUGAGCGGCCUUAUCUUUGUGACUAUCCGGAUUGUGGGAAAGCCUUUGUUCAGAGUGGACAACUGAAAACACACCAGCGCCUUCACACAGGAGAAAAGCCAUUUGUAUGUUCAGAAAAUGGCUGUAUGAGUAGAUUUACUCAUGCAAAUCGUCAUUGCUCCAAACAUCCAUAUGCAAGAUUAAGAAGAGAAGAACCAAGCGAUAAAGGAAGCAACAAUCAAGUUGCUAACAACAAAGAUACAGCAGAGUGGUUGGCAAAACACUGGGAGAGGCAAGAACAGCUACCACCCACAUUAAAGAUGAAAUCUCUUCAGAAAGCAGACCAAGAGCAACAGGAUCCUUUAGAAUAUCUUCAGUCUGAUGAAGAUGAAGAGGAUGAAAAGAAUGGCCCUCAUUCUGCUGCACGCCGUCGUCUUCAGGAGCAGCGAGAACGUAUGCAUGGCGCCCUGGCUCUGAUUGAACUAGCCAACUUGGCUAGUGCACAGUUGCGCCAGUAACCCUAUUGAGGCGUACAAAAUGUCCUGCCCUAGCAGUAUAAAUGCCUUAUUUUUUUUUCUUUGAGGGGGAUACUUUCUAGUGUGUGCCUCUUUUAGCUUAAACAAAAGGUUAUUUAAUACAGCUUUGGGUUACAAGCUAAGCACCUUAUUUGCUUAACAUAGGCUGCUAUCCUGUAGAAUUUUUAUGAAGAAUGUUGUUGCUUCCGGAAUAUGGAAGUAAGAGAAUUGCACUUUUUAUAUGGUAAAGAUAGUUGUAAAGUGUGUUUAUAUAAAUAAUAUUUUGUAAAUACUGAACAGAAAAAAAAGCAAGGAUGGUUUCUGCAUCUGUGAAAAUGCUGACGUUUACAAGCUUAAAGGUUUUAUAAGAUUAUACAUUUUAUGGCCUAUCCUUAGAGAAGGAGGAUGAGCCUUAUAGGCUCUGCAGUGCCUAGAUUAGUGAGAGAGAUGCUCUCUACUGAUCAGUAGUGGGCUGGGGCUUGGGCAUCCAUCAAUUGCACAGUGAUGGCCUGUCCCAAGGAUAGACAGUCAUUGUAUAUACCUGAAAAACACAUUUUUAAUGUUACCCUUUUUACUUUUAACAGAAAAACUUACAAUUUCUAAAAGAAAAUGGUAUUUAAGCUUGUAAAAUAGAACGUUGCCCAUGAAAUGGCCACAGAUGUACGAAGGCUCUUGUUUUAUUAAGGGGAUUGGGUUAUGACGUGGUGGUAUCGAUUUGUAGUAAACUAUUUUAGAUGACCUGCAAACACUAAAUCUUAAUAUUCAGCUUUUAGUUUUUUUUAAAAUAUAUAUUUUUGCAAACUGCCAGGCUAUGUUACUGUUUGGAUAUUUCCUCAAAGCCACUUUAUUGCUUAACAUGCCAAGACGUGUAUUUGUGUGUAAUACAUAAUUCUGCUGUUGACGGAUAACAGAUUAAUUGGCUGAUAACUAGAAUUUUGGCUGACCAAAUAUUUGACCUAUAAUAUGCCCAGUAUACUUUACGCAGGUAUUUUAUUCCAGUCUCCUUAAACUGAAUAGUCACUGCCUCCUUUUGUAUCUAAACUUGUUACUGUUCACAAUUAUUGUUCCAAGAGAAAUAUUUGUAAAAGUUCUUUCUAUUUAUUUUUGAAAUGCCCUAUUCCCUCAUAAAAUGAAUUGCUGUCUGGUGCUUGACAAACACUGUUAGAACCACAGAUAACAAUGUGUUUUCUAGAGCACCUGUAAGCUUGUCAUAAGCUAUGGGGGUCACUUAAUGUUUUAAGUAUCUGAAGCACUUGAACCAGUAUUAGUUAAAUUAAUGCUUUCCCAUAUGGCUACUUGGUUAUAUUUUACUUAGGUGCUUGGGCAAAAAUGUUUUUCCAGCUAUAAGCUAUAAUACGUUAUUAUGCACUUACUUCUCAAAAGUCAUAUCAAAUAUAUUAAUGUAAUUUUUGUCUCAUCCCACUUCUUGCCAAGUUGCUAGUAUGGCAUAAGUUGUAAGCAUAAGUGUAUUCAAUGCUUUGAAUAAACUACAAAAUGCAAAAUA